AUGACAUCAAAAGACGUAACUCAGGCCAGUGGCAAUCUCACUUUUUCUAAGAACUCUGGCCCAAAUGUCAACACUCCCACAGUCACAGAGCUGGAGGAAAUCUUACGCAACAACAGAGUUCCACUCAGCCGCAUCGACGAGGUCUGGCCUAACCUAUAUAUAGGAGACAUGACAGUAGCCCAUGACAGAUUCCGCCUGUGGAAGUUGGGUAUCACUCAUGUAUUAAAUGCUGCACACAAACAGAUUGCGUCCAGUGGAUGCCAAGAUUUCUAUGGUACCAGUGUGGAUUAUUAUGGUAUAGCAGCUCGUGACUUACCAAAUUUUGACAUUGCUGCAUAUUUCUAUUCUGCAAGUGACUAUAUACAUCAGGCACUUGAUACAUUGGGAGGGAAGAUCUUUGUACACUGUGCUUUUGGAUACAGCAGAUCAGCCUCUUUAGUGUUGGCCUACUUGAUGAUUUAUCAUCACCUUUCACUGCUCGAUGCAGUUAAGACUGUGACCGCUCACCGACGUAUCUUUCCCAAUCGAGGUUUUUUAAGGCAGUUACGGAAUUUUGACAUAAAAUUACAACAGGAAAGGAUUAAACUGAGGACCAUGUCAACAACUGAAUCUUUAUCCGGAGACAGUCCUGAUCCCUCCAUUGGUAACACCAUCUGUGAUUCAAAAACUCCUUCUGUUACAGAACUGGAGAGUAUCCUGGAGAACAGCAGAGCCCAGCUAAACCAUAUUGAUGAAGUAUGGCCUAACCUAUACAUCGGAGAUUUGGUGAUAGCCCAUGACAAAAAACAAUUAAGGAAGAUGGGGAUCACCCAUGUGUUAAAUGCUGCACAUUCCAAAUGGGGUAGCGUGGGAGAUCAAAUCUUCUACGGCAAGAAAAUGAAUUACUAUGGCAUAGCGGCUGAUGAUUCCCCAGAAUUUGACCUGAGUAUAUAUUUCUACACUGCAGCUGAACAGAUACAUCAAACACUGAAUACUCCAGAUGCGAAAUUACUGGUGCAUUGUAUUCUUGGCUUGAGCAGAUCAGCCUCGCUGGUACUGGCCUAUCUUAUGAUUUAUCACAAUCGCUCCCUGCUCGAUGCAGUAAACCGCCUCAUUUUAUACAGGCCUGUUUCACCCAACUGGGGAUUUCUGCAACAAUUGCGCCUAUUGGACAUCAAGUUAAAUGAAGAGAAGAACCUGCAGUCCACAGAAGGUGCCAUUUAUCCUUCGGAUUGCUGA